CCUGUCCCCACAGCCAGCAGCAACGAGAGCGACAUCAUCAACGCCAUCACGGUGGAGAAGAGUGUGGAUGGCAAGCUGGGCUUCAGCGUCCGUGGCGGCUCCGAGCAUGGGCUGGGCAUCUUUGUCAGCAAAGUGGAGGAGGGCAGUGCUGCUGAGCAGGCCGGGCUGUGUGUUGGUGACAAGAUCACAGAGGUGAACAGCGUGAGCCUGGAGAACAUCACCAUGAGCAGCGCUGUCAAGGUCCUCACUGGCAACAACCGCCUCCGCAUGGUGGUGCGGCGGAUGGGCCGUGUGCCAGGCAUCAAGUUCUCCAAGGAGAAGACGGCGUGGGUGGACGUGGUGAACAGGCGCCUGGUGGUGGAGAAAAGCGGCUCGACGCCGUCGGAAAGCGGCUCCGAGGAUGGGCUGCGGCGCAUCGUCCAUCUCUACACCACCUCCGACGACUACUGCCUGGGCUUCAACAUCCGCGGCGGCAGGGAGUUCGGCCUCGGCAUCUACGUCUCCAAGGUGGACCCCGGGGGGCUGGCAGAGCAGAAUGGCAUACGAGUGGGAGACCAAGUCCUUGCAGCCAAUGGAGUCAAGUUUGAAGACAUAAGCCAUAGCAAGGCAGUGGAGGUGCUCAAGGGGCAGACCCACAUCAUGCUAACCAUCAAGGAGACGGGCCGGUUCCCUGCCUACAAGGAGUUGGUGGCCGAGUACUGCUGGCUCAGUCGCUUGACCAACGGGCAGCUGCAGCAGCUGUCUCAGGCCUCGGAGACCAGCUCCUCCAUCUCCUCCUACUCCUCGGGGCCAGCACCGGGAGCAGUGAAUGGGCUGGCGACAGCCACCCCGGGGCCCCCGGCUCGCACCGUGGACGUGGCCAUCUCCACGGAGGAUGGGCCACGGCGAGGCUGGAUGCGGGAGCGUGCUGAGCGGGCCAUGCAGACCGAGCCAGCCGUCGAGGGGCUGCCAGAGACACGGCGCACAGUGCGGCCCCCCGAGCUGCUGCGGGACACGGCCAUCCGGGGCCAGGGCACCCGUGAGCCCCCCGGCACCCACCCACGCCGGACCUUCACCCACUCACCCAAGACGGCGCUGCUGCUGGCGCUGAGCCGGCCCCGGCAGCCCAUCACACGCUCCCAGAGUGACCUCACCGUUGCCGAGGAGAAGCGGAAGAAGGAAAAGCCAGAGGGACAAGGGGCACAGGGGGCCCCCCCAGGGCUGCACCGCUCCAAGACCCUCGUCAACCUCUUCUUCAAGGGGGGCCGUGCCACCAGCCAGAGCUGGGCCCCCUCCAGCCAGGAGCCCCCCACCUCCGACCGCCGGGCACGCGCCAAGUCCCCAGGGCGCUCUGACGGGGACAGAGUAGGUGCUGUGCAGAAGUUUGUCAUCCGGAGCCUGAAGAGGGAGAAAAGCCGGCGUGCCAGCAUCCUUGGCCCCACGGGCAUCACUACUCUGCAGCCCAACGGCAGUGACCCCGAGGCCCGGCUCCCGCACAUCCAGGACACUGCUGCACGUCUCCUCAGCCCCGACGAGGUGACGGCUGUGCUCCGCCACUGCUCCCGGUACCUGCAUGAGGGCAGCGUGGAGGAUUUGGUGCGGCCACUUCUGGCCAUCCUGGACCGGCCUGAGAAGGUCCUGCUGCUGCGGGAUGUGAGGAGCGUGGUGGCCCCGACAGACCUGGGCCGGUUCGACAGCAUGGUGAUGCCUCUCGAGCUGGAAGCCUUUGAUGCCCUGAAGAGCCGCUCAGUGCGUUCACCUGCCCUCCGCCCUGCCCACCACGAUGUCCCCCCCAAGAGACACCUCAUCACACCAGUGCCUGGUGAGUGUCACCCUAUGGGGUCUGCCUAG